ACACAGUUUGCGUGUGCUUGAUUAGUUUCUGGGGAGGGCGAUUAAAGCAGCUGCAGCUACGGACCGAGACUGUUAUAGAAACUCAUGACAUUUACGACAGAAGGGGCGCCCUGACAUAUCGCGGAAUAUUCACAAGUUCUUUGAGAGACAUCUCGCCCGCUGGUCUGCAUAAAUGGGGUGCUUCUUCUCCAAAAAGUCAAGGAGAAAAUCUAAAAAGGACUCCGCUUUGCCCGCUGGGAACGACAGCGCUACGGGCAAUGAGCUCCCCGAGACCAACAACACUGCGCUCGGCAGCAACAGCAACCAAGAGGCGCCAAAGCAAUACAGCUGGGACAAACGAGAAAAGGUGGAUCCCAAAGACUUCAUGCUGACAGGCCUCAAGAAUGAGACCGUGGGCAGGAUGCCAGGCAAACUGAAUGGCCAGCAGUUUGUCAUUCAGGACUGUGAGAACUGUAACAUCUUCGUAUUUGACCAUUCGGCAACUAUUACCAUUGACGACUGUGUAAACUGCCACAUUAUGUUAGGUCCAGUCAAAGGCAGUGUGUUCUUCAGAGACUGCAAAGAUAUUAAAUGUGUGGUGGCCUGCCAGCAGUUCCGUACCAGAGACUGUAAGAAAAUGGAUGUGUUUUUGUGUUGCGCCACCCAGCCUAUCAUUGAGUCUUCUACUGGCAUGAAGUUUGGCUGCUUCCAAUACUACUACCCCGAGCUGGCUUUCCACUUUAAAGAUGCGGGCCUCAGUAUCUUCAAUAACAACUGGAGCAAUAUUCAUGAUUUCACACCAGUCUCUGGUGAGACCAAUUGGAGUCUCCUACCGGAGGAUGCUGCUGUGCUGGACCAUGUGCCUCUACCGGAUCCAGAGUCAGAGUUCAAGUCUGUGAGAAUAUCUACUGAAGCAAGCCGAAGCAUUGUGCCUCUGACUAAAGGAGGGCGGCGUAAGGAGAGUGAAGAGACCUGUCUCUUUGUGUUCUUCGCUGGAGACUACACCACUGCUAACGCCCGCAAGCUUAUUGAUGAGGCGAAUGCCAAAGGCUUUGUCCUCAUUCAGACCAAAGAGGUUUCCAUGCGGCCUGAGGAUGUGAACAGAGUUUUCCAGAACAAUGCAGAGAGCCUCACUGAGUGGAUCACCAAAGGUCCAGUGGUAGCCCUUGAGCUGAAUGGGGAUGGUGUGGUGGAAGCGUGCCGAACCAUUGCAGAUGAGGUGUUCAAUGGGACUAAGGUGUUUGUUUCUGAGAGUAAAAAUACAUCCUCACGUGACGUUGACAACUUUUUCAACUUUGCUGACAUGCAAAUGGGACUGUGAAAAUGACGAAGAGGGUCAUGUCACCUUAAUGUGGGUUUCUUGAUUUUGUAAUUUCAGUGUUGUAAUUUGAAUUGUAAUAACUUAAUUUGAGAAAUGGCAUGAAAUUCAAGCCACUAGUCUCUAAACUUGUUGAGAGAUUUCUAAUCACUAUUUACUUUUUCCAGACAAUUUUGCUCUGUGAUCUGACAAUUAUACAUGUUCACUGUAAUGUCACAAUGUUGAAUGGGCAUGUAGUCAGUUAGGUUGUUUAAAUAGAGAACAAACUCAAACAGAACUGGAAUUUUAGUCUAAUCAAACAUAGCUGUGACCAUUUUAUCAAAUAUGCUGAAAAUCAUACCUUUUGAUUUAUUUAGAUACAGAUAUUUAUUUGUUUUAUUUUUUUAUAAAUUCAAAUGUAUAGCUGAAUAUAAUGGUAUUUUAUUCUGCUUUGCUUGUAUACAUGUUUCCAUUACAUAUUUGUAUAGUAGGUUGUGUUAUACUAGGUAACUGUACAAAUUUUUAACUUACAAUAUGUGUCACAUGCGAGAAAGCAUUAAUUGUGGUGAAUCAGGUUUCAUAUUUAAUGGAAAUAUAGACAUAUAAUGAGGCAUUUUAUUUCCUGUUAUAUUGGCAUGGCUUUUGACCAUAUACUUUUCUCCUAAUUGUAUUUUCUAUGAUUUCUUAGGUAACAACACUGUUCUGAAAAGAAUGUAAAAAGUUCAAACUGGUAUGUUUAUCAAAUUGAAUUGAAUGUACUACUAAAAGGAGCUUUAGUUGUCUCCUCUACACUUCUCUAUUUUUGUAGGAACGUUUUAGAGUGCACAAAUUUCCUGUAACCAAAAAAAAAAGUGUAGGUUUGCCGUUCGAGAUAAUCACAAUGUACAUUUCUUUUUUCUUUUUUUUUUUAGUAUGAAUGUUCUUAUUUGUAUGAAAUAAUUUCUUGAAUUUAAUAUAAGCUGUGUUUUGUCAAUACAUUCAUUUUGAUUGAAA